CCCAGGAGCACAAGCAAGAAAUAUAACAAGACUCACUAUGACCCCGAUGCUCAGAAUGCUGUUGUGCCUUGGUCUGAGUAUGGGAUACAAGACUGCAGUGCUGGCAGGAAUCUUCCAAAAACCCACCAUCUGGGCUGAGCCGGGCCUUGUGAUUGCUCAACAUAUGCCUGUGAUUAUUUGGUGUCAGGGGUCCUGGGAGGCCCAGGAGUACUAUAUGUAUAAAGAGGGAAGCAUAGAUCCUUGGGACAGACAGUUCCCUCUGGAACAGAAGAACAAGGCUAAGUUCCACAUUGACAAAAUGUCAAAGGCCUUUGCAGGGAUAUACAAGUGUUACUAUAAGAGUCCUGCUGGCUUGUCAGAGCACAGUGACACCCUUGUGCUGGUACUAACAGGAGCCUAUGAUGAACCAAGCCUGUAUGUUUGGCCCAGCCCUGCUGUAACUUCAGGAGAGUGCAUAACCAUGCAGUGUAUCUCAUCACUGGGAUUUGACAGAUUCAUUCUGAUCCAGGAAGGAAAACAUAAGCUCUCAUUGACCCUGGACUCACAGCAACUAACCGAGAUGCUAUUUCAGGCUCAUUUUGUUCUGGGCUCUGUGACUGCUAACCACAAUGGGACAUUCAGAUGCUAUGGCUGUUUUAUGAAUAAUACUCAGAUGUGGUCAACAUCAAGUAAUCCCCUUGAUAUUCAAGUCUCAGAAUUCUCAGCAUUACAGCGCGGAGGUCACACAAUUGCAAACCUCAUCCAGAUGGUUGUGGCUGCCUUGGCUCUAGUGACUCUAGUGAUUCUUCUGUUAGAGGCUUGGCACAGCAAGAGAGUUGGAAAACAUGUAACCAGGAGAUAAACAAAAACAUCCAUUAGGUUGUGCAGACCAUGGGAAAUAAAUCUUGUUUCCCAUACAAUAAAGUUAUUAUUGUAAAGAAAGCUGGAUAUACAUUAAGCUAUCAUACUCUUAGAUGGUCCAGAAAACAAAUGUGUGGUAUAGGAGUUUCUUCUGAAUGCUAGAAGGAAGAAAGGCAGAGGAAGAGAGACACCAUGGAGCCAUCAGGGACAGAUGUGCUGAAUCUUUCCCAGUAAGCCACUGCCACGUGGUGAUACACAGAUUAAUUGAAAUGGGUUAAACUGCGAUGGAAGAGUUAGCCAAUAAAAAGUUAGAGCUAAUGGGACAAGCAGUGUUUUAAUUAAUACAGUUUCUGUAUGGUUAUUUCAGGGCUAGGCUAGCUGGGUGGCCAGGAUAAAGAAGCAGGCCUCCCACCAAUAAAUGUGUUCUGGAUGUAGGAAACUCUGGAGCAUGUUUUCAAGACCACUUGGGCUGCUCUUUGUACUCCUUUCUCCACAAUUCAUCAUGGAUAUUUGUUGACUUCUUCUUCUUCUUAUCUUAUUUCCAUACCUCAUGCAUGUGUUGGGCCCAGCUUUCCCUCUCUUUCAAAUAACCUUUUCCUUUACAUAGACAGAUCAAUGUUGUUCACAAUGAGCAUUUACCUUUCCUUCUCAGAAAAGAGAAAAUAAAUCAAAUGUUCUACAUCUGGCCUUUGCUAAUUGCCUUAUAUACUCAACUCACAGUCACUAUCAUAACUCCAAGAUAAGGGAACAUAUGUGGACAACAGGAGUUACAUAAAGUUGAUAUUUUUCUUGUAAUUUGAUAUCUCACUCCUGAUUGAUGUUUAACACAAAGGAAUUGUCUGGUAUAUGGCUGUAAUGUACCAGGAUUCAUUAAUUAUGAAUAUUAACUUUUACCCUACACUUAAAAACAUGUUUUCUUUUAAAAGAAUAUUUUGUUAAUUCUUUGAUAAUCUCAUACAAUCUAUUUUGAUUAUAUUCAUACAUUCUCCCCAGCUCCUCAACAUUUGGCCCUCACCCGCAUUCAUUUUGAGAUAACUUCUGAGAAGAUAAUCAAUUUGUCUGAAAUGACAUCUCUAUUCCUUUGUUGACAUUUGUUUACUCUAUUCUUUAACCACCUCUCUUUUUCUUUUUUUCAAAUUAAGAACACAUUGUAUUUUCUUUAGUUCUCUGAUUGUGUUAGCUAAAAUUUCAAGUGCUGUACUUAACAUGAUGAACAGAAGGGACACACUGCAUUCUAAAUCAACAUCAGGGGACUUUUCUGACUUUGUCUAUUAAAUAUGUUGCCUAAAACUUACUCAAAUAUGACCUCAUUAAAAUAUGAUAUUCCACAUUCUAUGAGAAUUUGGAAGAAAUGGAAAUAUCAUAAUUAAAAAUAUUGCUUCUUCCAUGAUCUCUGCAUUUGUUACUUUCACAAUAAUGUUGUGAUAUAUGACAGUGAUGGUUUUUCAAAUGUUGAACAAAUGUCAAAAUACCUUACUAUAUAUUCAUUGUGUUGAAUUCUGUUUACAUAUCACUGAAUACUUUUUUUAUUACACAUUGAUUGUGCAUCAUUGAGUUCUAAGAGAAGACAAUAUCAAAAUUCACUAUGAGACAGUGUUUUCAUACUGCACAUGUCAUAGGGAAAAACAGCAUGGUCACAGUUUUAGUACAGAACUUAUGGAACCACCUCCACAUGUGUGAUCUGUUGCUAGUGAGAUAUCACUUUGAAGUUGAUAAAUGUGUAUAAAAUGUAGAGGAAUUUAAAAUUUUUAUUGUUGCCGGGCGGUGGUGGCGCACGCCUUUAAUCCCAGCACUUGGGAGGCAGAGG